UCCGUUGAAUUAUAUUCUUAUUUCUUCCUAUUUAGUUAAAUGUAAUAGUGAAUACAAUGCAGAAAAACACAGCUGUAUUAACAGUUGUUUGUAUUUUGUUAUGUCUAGCUUUCAACUACACAUUCUCUCUUCGCAGAGAUACUAAUAAAAAAUGGUCAUUUAUUCGAUCAAAUAGAAACCGUACCCGGUUAUGCAAUGCCCUUCACCAUACAGAUAUUGCCGAAAGAACUAAAAAAAUGACUAAUAACAUGGAAAAUGCAAUGAAAAAAAUUAAAGAUUCCGCUCAUGAUAUUUAUAUAAAUGGAAUAAAAAAAUCUCAAAGUAAAAUUAAGUUUAGUGAUGAUGAUUUCCGUUCAUUUGAGUUGUCAGUUAUUAUGAAAAAAUAUCCUUACUUAGAUUUAAAGGAAAUUGAACAGAAAUUUAGCCCUUCGUCAAAUAAAAACACAAGACAAAGUUAUCAGGCUUUACCGGAUGAAGCUAACUUUAGGCACGAUCCUAGUCUUUGUGAAUCAGGAGACGAUAUUAUUAAUGUGGAAAUAUCGAAUCGAGGCCUCUCAGGUUUCUCUAUACCGCCAAAACUUAUUAAAAGUGAGAGCAUGGUUGAAAAUAAACUGAAAGUGAACAAUUUAAAAAAUCCAGUUAACAUGUCUGAAAAUCUCAUUGAUGUAUCAAAAGUGCCCGACCGUGAUGUUUUAAAUAGUUUAAAAGCCGAUAUAAUAUCAUAUGAAGAAACGAAAAUUCAUAAAGAUAUUUUGAUCAAAUGAUUUUAAUCUAAGUAGAUUAUUAAUGAAUAGCUGUUCCUUAUGUCGCUGCUCGCGUGCAUUAAUGUACUUAUAAAUUAUGUGUUAAGUUACAAUAUAACCUACUCUUGUACCAA